AUGGCGACGGCGUGCCCGCCGCUCUCGCUGCCGUCCACCUCCCUCUUCCGCGGCAGAGGCGGUAGUGGAGGAGGCCUCGCCCGGGACGGCGGAGGAGCCGCUGCUGGUGAGCGCAAUCAGAGGGAGGAAGGUCGAGAGGCCACCCGUCUGGCUCAUGAGGCAGGCUGGGAGAGCUACCAAUCGCUCUGCGAGCGAUAUCCUUCGUUCCGUGAAAGAUCAGAAAAUGUUGACCUAGUUGUUGAGAUCUCUUUGCAACCAUGGAAGGUUUUCAAGCCUGACGGAGUCAUCUUGUUCUCGGAUAUCCUUACUCCACUUCCUGGGAUGAACAUACCUUUUGACAUUGUGAAGGGAAAAGGUCCAGUGAUCUAUGAUCCUUUGAGAACAGCAGCUGCUGUGAAUGAAGUCAGAGAAUUUGUUCCUGAGGAGUGGGUCCCUUAUGUGGGACAGGCUCUGAAUUUGUUGCGACAAGAGGUUAAGAAUGAAGCUGCUGUACUAGGUUUUGUUGGAGCUCCGUUUACCUUGGCAUCUUAUUGUGUGGAAGGAGGUUCAUCAAAGAACUUUACAAUGAUUAAGAAAAUGGCCUUCUCAGAACCAGCGAUUCUACAUAAUUUGCUACAAAAGUUCACAACAUCGAUGGCUAACUAUAUUAAAUACCAAGCAGACAAUGGGGCGCAGGCUGUCCAAAUUUUUGAUUCAUGGGCUACUGAACUCAGCCCAGCUGAUUUUGAGGAAUUUAGCCUUCCUUAUCUAAAGCAGAUAGUGGAUAGUGUUAAGGAAACACAUCCUAACUUGCCUCUGAUACUAUAUGCAAGUGGAUCUGGGGGCUUGCUGGAGAGGCUUCCUUUGACAGGUGUUGAUGUUGUGAGCUUGGACUGGACAGUUGAUAUGGCAGAGGGCAGGAAAAGAUUGGGAUCUAACAUAGCAGUUCAAGGGAAUGUGGACCCUGGUGUUCUUUUUGGAUCCAAAGAGUUUAUAAGCAAGCGGAUUUACGACACUGUGCAGAAGGCUGGCAAUGUUGGACAUGUGUUGAACCUUGGCCAUGGCAUCAAGGUUGGAACUCCAGAGGAAAAUGUUGCUCACUUCUUUGAGGUUGCAAAAGGGAUCAGAUACUAA